AUGUCCACAGACGCGCGUCUAGCAGCUCUCGAGGCUCUCGCCCGUGAAAACCAAGAAAAGAUCGAAGAACUAAACCACAAGAACUGGCUACUCAGUAACCAAAACAUCAAGAUGCAAGAAGAACUCGCCAAGUUGGAAGAAGAUGCGUACCAACCAUUCAAACUUUCAGGCCAACCCAUCGCCACCUCUUCAUGA